UGCCCGAGGCCCCCGAUCGCCCCACCAUCUCCAUGGCAACUGAAAGCUCGGUGUAUGUCACCUGGGUCCCGAGAGCAAACGGCGGCUCUCCAAUCACGGCUUUCCGGGUGGAAUACAGGCGCGGCCGCGUGGCAGAGUGGGUCGUGGCUGCAGAUAACAUCUCACCUCUCAAGCUGUCUGUGGAAGUUCGCAAUCUGGAGCCUGGCUCCACCUACAAGUUUCGCGUUGCCGCCAUGAACAUGUACGGUGAGAGCCCCCACAGCAUCCCCUCCAAGCCCUACCAGGUGCCACAAGCCAGCCCACGCAUGGCAGAUCGCCCCGUGGUCGGACCUCACAUCUCCUCCACGGACGCCAUCAGUGACACACAGAUCAUGCUGCGCUGGACUGUGCGUACACAACUGACAUACACUAUGCACACG